GUACAUUCGCGGAGAAAGAGUACCGCAAACCUGCAUCGUUUUACUUAAGUGACUUGAUUCUCCCCCCCUUUUUGCCGAUCGCUUAAAUAUAUAUCUCUCUCCUUUUAUAUAUUUAUUUAUUAUUAUUCUGUGUGUUUUUUUUCAUUCAUUUUUUUUCUGCCGCGCGUUGUGUGUAACACAGUGCACCUUCUUUCUUUCUCUUCAAGGUUUUCGAGUCUGGCUGGCUUCCUUCGCCGGAAAGCGUCGUGUUGAGAUACAACGCUCGCUCUGUCGUGUUAGCAGUAUUACUAUUGUCGCUGCUGCUUUUAUUGCGGAGUCCGUCUUCUUGUUUUUUUGUUUGUUUUUGCUGCUUACUUUCUCUGUUUUAACAAGGCUGGCGAUUAGUACGAGUAGUACUGAACGAAGAGCCCUCCUUCUUUUCUUUUUUUGUGUGGGCCUUCUGAACCUCCGCGGUGUCGCUGCAGUGCCGGUGCAGUGCCUUGGUGCCACGCCACUCGUGCAAGAAUCAAAUCAUAAUAACAACAACAAAAAAAGAGAAAAUGCCGAGGAGCACCAACAACACCGACGUGGGCUACGCCGCGUCCACACGCCCGGUCAAGUACGGACCGACGGAGGGGUAUCAGCCGGGAAGCGGCGAGCGAUGGUCCCUGGCUCCAAGCCAACCACCCGGCAUCGCGGCGGCCACCACCAGCACCUUUGCGACGCUGUCCGACCACACACUGUCGAGCAGCCCCGUCGCCACCUCGCUCGCCGACAGCAAUCGGCCGUUUGAGGGAACAGGCCAACGCGAUAUGGACGCCCCUGGCCGCGUCCAAGGGAGUACACGUGGCUUUGCACCGUCAGCGCCGGUCCUCAUCGGAGCAUCCGGACGGGCUGUGGGUGCGUCCUACGACCCCACUCUUCGAUCGGACACAACCCAGCUCGAUACGCAGGAACACUCUCCGUCGACGCCGGAGGCGUUGCUGAUUCUCUCCGCCGCCGCUGCACGGCUGAACGGCGCGGACUCUCCGCACCCGCGAAGCCGGCGGAGCGAGAGCAGCGACGCCCUCGCCAGUGCGGAGUACCACAGCCUGAACAGUCCAGCCCUACUGACGAGUACAUCCGCUGACGACGUGCACGCAAUGGACGCACCGGCGGCAGCGGACACGCGACAACGGCCGCCGCCGCCGCCGCAUACAUCUCUGUCUAACUCCGCCUGGCCGGCCGAUAUGGUCGCCGGCCCUGCGUCGCCGUCGCUGUCGUCGGUGCCGACGUCGGCUGCGGUGGCGUCCCCGCUGGCCGCCGGCGACGCCGUCGCCCGGCCCGCGGCCGCUGCGUCGUUUAUUUCUUCUCCGUCACCCGCGCCUUCUACGACAAACGCGCGCACUGCUGCUGCUGCUGCUGCUGCUGCUGCUGCUGCACGGCGAUGGACGGAGGAGGAGCAGCAGCGGGAGCGUGACACGGCCCGUCAGACACCUCCGCGGGGACGGGGGUUUGUGCUCCGUGCUGGUGGUGGCGGCCGUGGCGACGUCAUCACCCAGCAAAGGGGCGGCAUCGGUUGUAUUGCGGGAUCAAAGGCCGCCAACGCGUCGCGUACACCAGCAAGCAGCCCGACCUGUGACGGACGAGGCAGCGGCAGGAUCGGCGUGGGCGACGACACAAACCACCACCGCAGCAAAUCCCCGCUCCCCCUCCAUGAGCGUCGCCUUUGCUAUCAGCCCUUUAAAGACACGGAGCCGGUGUGCACGGCCCACACCGCCUCCGCCCCUGACUGGGUUUUGCUGAACGUGGGUGGUAGACUGAUCACCACGACGGUCGCGACGCUGAUGGCGGACCCGGACAGCAUGUUAGCCUCUCUCUGUGCGUGUCUCACACGGCCGUCACCACCCACACCACCUCACAGCAGCAGCAGCAGCAGCAGCAGGCGUCGGCGCGGCGCGGCGGCCCGGCUGGUGAGUCGGCACAUCGCGAUGCCACCGCCUCCGAUCCCGUCGCUUUCCACCGCAGAAGCUUCGAUGGAACUGCCGCUGCCGCCGCUGAGGUGGCAGCCCGUCCACGCAGGGAGACCGGACAGGAGAGGCGCAGCGACAUGACACUGAUGAGCGGCGGCGGUGGUGGAGGCGAUGCUCGGUCGCUUGCGGUGGACGACGAGGAUAGCAGAGGCGAGGAGCGCAGAGAAGCAGGUGAAGAACGCGGCGUCGCUGCCGCUGCUGGGACGGACGCACUGGGCAACGGGUCAGCUGCUGCGGUGCUGGCGGAGGGCGCAGGACCGACAGAUGGUGAUGGCGACCAUUCGAACCGAUCACCCGCCCCCCUUGUUCUUCUGGCGCCGCGACGCUCCUUUAUCGACUUCCAAGGCCACAGUCCACCACAGCAGCACCAGCAGCAGCAACCGCAGUCGCACGCACAAGCGCCGUCUGCUGCUGCUGCUGUCUCCGCGGUACGCGACGCCAUCGGUGGUGCUACGACGGCGGCGGUGGUGGUGGAAGGAGAAGAGGGCGACGGGGAGGCGGUGAACCCGCAGCAGGCGAUCUCCGCUGUCCCCCUCGACACGGACCGCUACAACGCAGUGCUCCUCGACCUCGAUGCGGAUUACUUCCUACCGGUUCUGAAUUACCUGCGCCACGGAGCGGUGAUGAUCCCGCAGUACCUCAACGUGGACGGCGUGCUUGCCAUGGCGGAGUACCUCAACGUGGCGGGCCUUGUGCGUCUGCUGCGCGGCCCGCCGGUGCCGCGGCGUGUGCUGCUCUUCAGCUGGGGCUCCGGCAGCAACGGCGAACUGGGCACCCACGCGAAGCGCGAUGAGGCGACGCCGACGAUGGCGCAAGUGACUCCGUUCGGUGUGCGGGUGCGCGAGAUCGCGCUGGGCGCCAACUACAGCUGCGCGCUGACCGACACGGGCAACAUCUACACCUUUGGCAACGGGGAGUGGGGGCAGCUGGGGCUGGGCGGCGCAUUGACCGGCGGUCGCGGUGGUGGCAGUGGGACGGCGUCCGCGGUGGUGGGUGGCGGCCUGAACGGGAGUAACAGCAGCAACGUCAACGGCGGCCAAGAUGGGAACGGCGUGGAGGUGCCGGUGGAGCUGCUCAUCCCUCGCCGCAUCCCUUUAUUCGAGCAGAUCCCCGCCGUGCACGUCGCCGCCGGCUACGCCUUUGCGAUGGCGGUCGUCGAGGGCCACCACGUCUUCUUCUGGGGCAACAACAAUCACGGGCAGAGCGGUCGUGGCCGCAGCUUCUUCGACCCGCACACGAAGAAGGUCGACACCCCGGUGCUGGUGGAGACGCUGGAGGGGCGGCGGAUUAUUCAGCUGAGCUGUGGCAGCUUCUUCGCCCUGGCCCUCAGCGAGGACGGUGCCCUCUACAGCUGGGGCCUUGUGGACUGCGUCGGGCUCGGGACCCCCGAGGAGGUCGAACGUCGCUACCACGCCGUUCUCGGCGAGUCGCUCAGCAACGAGCGCCGCAGCGUGGUGCUCACGCCGCAGCUGGUGACCGUCAAGGGUCGUCGACGGGCCGCCGCGGGGGCUAGUAGCAGCGGCAGCAGCGCCGCCUCCGAGCGGGUAGUACGCAUCCGCGCCGGUCAGUGGCACAGCGGCGCGAUCAACGAGCACGGCGAGCUCUUCACCUGGGGCGUCGGCUAUCAAGGUCGUCUCGGGCACGGCUCGAAGACGCCCGCGUACGUGCCGACGUUGGUGCAAGGGGCGCUGGAGGGGCAGCACGUGGUGGAUGUCGCGUGUGGCUCCUUCCACACCGUCGCCCUCACCUCCAAAGGCGACGUGUUCUGCUGGGGCGACAACGCAAGUGGGCAGUGCGGCACCACCGCCAAUAGCCCCGACGCCUUCACUGCGCCGUAUCGCGUCGUGGGCCUCGAGUACGUCGCCGGCGGCGUCGCCCGCAGCAUCGCGUGUGGCCGGCAGCACACCGUCGUCGUGAUGGAAGGCCCGCAGCCGUGGUGCGUGCUGCCGUGCUGCCAGGUCGACGCAUGUGGGCGGCCGGCGCACUCCCACGCGCAGGUGUACUGCUUUGGCGAGGUGACCCGCACAGGGAACGGCAUGGCGGGCACGGCGGUCGUUGGUGGAACUACAACGGCGGCAGUUGCGGGCAGCAGCGGCAACGGACCUGCUCGUGGGUCGGCUGGUGGGUCGCAUGGCAUGCCGCUGACGGCGCUGAGCGGCAGUGCACUGCCCGGCUCCCCGAACUACCUCCCCUUCACCGUAGGCGGCGCUGCGACCGCCUUCUUACCCACGCCGUCGAUGGCUGGGGGGCGACCGACCUUGGCAGGCACCGCCGGCCACCACCACCCGCACUACCAGCUCGUGACCGGGCUGCAGCAUGUUGAUGUGCGGGCCGUCGUGAGUGGGCUGCAUCACACCUUCGCCUACGUGGAGGAGCUCAUGUUGGAUGACGACGGACGGAGCGGCGACGGGGGGUGGGAGGGCGGGAGGGCCUGUGUUCGACCGCCGGGGUCCUCCUACCGCAGCGGCGGCGGCAGUGCAGCUGCGACUGCGCACGGGUACAAGCCGUCGUACGUUUUCCCACAGCGUCCCUCGAGUGCGAUGCGGCCGCCAUCUUCUGCUGCGGCAGGCGCCAUCGCUUCUUUUUACCUUCGUGGGACGUCAAGCGGGCCGAUGCCGUUUUAUCCGCCCGAUUGGGGGCUGGGGGCGGAGGGCGCGUCCUCCGUGCCGCCGCUGCCGCCCGUUGCCGAUGCGUCCGCGACAGCCGCGAGCGCGACUACCAGGCGCUUCUACGCCCCGUCGUGA